AUGGCACCUCUCAUGAGACUCUCGGGCAGAACCACUGGUCAUUCAAAUCACUCUGCUCUGGGGCCCAUAGUCAACCACAAGAGAUCCCCGGCUGUUCGGGAAAAGCCACAGCCACGGAGUCAAUCAACAAACCUCCCAGUCGAGCUUAUGCACCUCAUCUCGGGCCACCUACGCCAAACUCAUCCCGGAGAGAAACCUCGACUUGGAGAGCCCGCUUGGGCACUUUGCUUCGUUUCCCGGUCCUUCGCCAAAUGCUUCACACCCCGACUAUAUCACAAUAUCAGCCUCGAUCGGCUCGCACCCGGUGCAGCUGACCAGCUCAUGCGGACUCUGUCGAGCUCUCCAACGCUGGCUGCUUUCGUAUGCAACGUGGAGGUCAAGUCGCAAGACAUCUACACCGAGAAGGCGAAACACAUUAUCGGAGAACGCGCCCGCAACACCUUGCAUCGAGCGAAAGAAUGGGUGUGCGACUACUACUCCUCGGACUUCUACGACACUCUCGACCAGUUGGUGUCGUUCCGCUACGAGCUUCUCGAUCGUCUCGAUCGCGUUCACGGCUUCACGGACGGCUGGCUAGUCAUGCUGGCAGUUCUGCCACCAAACUUGCGGCAAUUAUCCUGGGAGAGCACCACUGCGUACGAAAGAUUUGAGGCAUUGCUCACCACCGACUUCAACGGCAGUGGGCUUGCGCACAGCCCACUCGAGCAGCUCAAGACCAUCAACUACCACAACAACUGCAAGCGCAAACUCGGAAACCAUCCCUUCAUUCCACUCAGACGACGACAAGGACGCUGCCCACCCUUCUUCCUCCAUCGACAACACAAAAGGCUUGCCAUCAGAGAAGUUGACUGUGCCAACCUCGAAUCCGUCCCGCCUUUCUCCCAGGCUGGACACUUGGUGCAGUACCCGACACUCAACGGUGCAAUGACCACAAGCCUCAUCGAAUGCACUCUGGAUUCCUGCCAAAUCUCCGCCGCGCUCUUCGGGGAGCUGCUCCGACAAAACAAGGCCCUCACAAAUUUGAGGCUGUGGAACCAUCAUUUCAAAAGGGGCCAGCAAGGCUUGCCAUCAGACGGUCUCUCGCUUGCCGAAGCUGGCGAUGCGCUGCGCGAGCACGGUCACUCUUUACGGAGCAUCACCAUCGGCCACGACAUAUGGCACCCCAUCCGCAGAAACCCCCGGAAAUACGGAAACAUCGGCUCUCUUCGCAACCUGGCCAGUUUGGAGACGCUCACCAUCAACCCACGCCUACUCCCCAGUCAUGAUGCUCUCAGCCUUGUUCAGGAUCUCCCGCUUUCACUGGUGGAGCUCGUCCUCGUCACCGUCAACAGAACAACCGUCAUCCAAAUGGCCAACCUACGAAAUUAGAUCGACCCCACUCAGC